ACAAUGUUCUUUUCGUCUCUUCAUCUUCAGGUGGUCUAGAGAGAGAAGCGUCCUGCUGGUGAAGUCUUUGGAGAGAAGUAAAUGGGUCGAGAUCCGACCGCUGCCACAUGCCAAGAACUUCCCUGUGUAUUAUGAUAUAUGUACCCAGAUUUUGGAGAAAAAGAAAUGCAACUACACCGGGAAAUGCACCUUUGCCCACAGCCCGGAGGAGAAGGACAUGUGGAUGUAUAUGAAGAACAACGACUUGCACGACAUGCAACAGAUGUACGACAUGUGGCUGUCAUUAAGUGCCAACAACCACCAAGCAAACGGAGCCGCGCUCACUCAGUCCACAUCGGAGGAAAAAUACAUCGUCAUGCCGACUGACUACGCUGAGCCAAUGACUGGCUUGUACUGCCGUCUGUGUGGUCGGCAUAGUAACGGCGAGCGGCAGUGGCAGCAGCACAUCUCAUCUGAGAAGCACAAAGACCGAGUGUUCAGCUGCGAGGGAGAAGAGGAGGCUCUGACCUGGAACUACCGCUUCCCUGGACCCUGCUUUGACCUCUGCCCCAAGCUGGAUGGUGGCUGUCCUGAAGGCGUGAGCUGCGACUUCGCCCACAGCGUGGAGGAGCUGCAGGAGUGGACCGAGAGGCGGGACUUCCUGCGGCAGAAGCUAGCCAAAGCCAGAGAAGACAUGCUAGUCAUGCCCGACGAGUUUGACUUCGGGAAGUUCAACUUUCUACUUCAGGACUGAGUAGAUUUAUUUCACGUUAUGAGCCUUAACUGCCAAACUAGCCUGUCUUUUUAUUAAACAUGACCAAAUCAAACUAGCAGUGUUAAAAAUUGCACUACCAGAAGAACCUUUCAAACAUGCCAUAAACCCCUUAAUUUCAAAAUGGUAAAUAUUUUAUUUUUAGAUGUUUCUUAUCCCUGUUUUGAGAGCCACUUUAGCGCGUGUCUGUUAGUCAAACAUCAGUAAAGAAAGUGCUGUGAAGUAAGGCUCAUAUUGGUGCCACUGUAUAAAAGACACAGCAGAUACAAACACACACCAGAAUAUUCAAAAAGGAUCAUAUUGUCCCAUACAUGCAGCCUUUUAUUUGCUCAAACUAAUGUGAAAUUCACACACAUGCAUUGAGUUGUUAUUUUCCCUUAUGUUGUGUCCUGUUUUAUAAAGGGAGUUUUAUUAUCAAGAGUGCGUUCAGGUUCAGACUACAGUUCACUCGGAGAUUAUGUGUAUAAAAGCCUCAAUAAAGCCAUGUAACAAAACCAACACGUGUUUUUGGGUUGUAUAAUUUUGAUUUAGUGUUUUAAUGUGUUUGUUAUUGUGGUUCAAACUAACCAUCGGCACAGUCUGGUGUUGCAACAUUGAUUAAUCUAACCCUAACUAUGAGACUGACAAGAUGUUUCAAGUAAAUGAAAAAUAAACGUUAUGUUGCACUGUU